AUGAAGUGGAGCGUCCGCGGGGCCUGCGCCGCGCUCUCCUCCUGCCUCCUGCUCGCCUGCGCGCUCAGCGCCGCCGCCGUCGGCCUCAAGUGCUUCUCCCUGGGUUCGGAGCUGCGCGGGGAGCCGUUCCGGUUGGGGGCGGCCGCCGGCGCCUUCUACUCGGGACUGCUGCUGGCCGCCGGCCUCUCGCUGCUCGGCGCUGCCCUGCUCUGCUGCGGGCCCCGAGAUGCGCCCCUCGCAGGGCAGGGCCCGGGUCUGGGGCCGUCCGCGGCCGCGCCGGGGGCUCCGGAGGCCGCGCCAGGCGAGCCGGGGCCAGGGCCGGGGGCGGUGGCAGUGGAGCCCGCGGCACCUGGGCGCGGCCAGAACCUGCUGCUGUUGGGCGUGCUGGUCUUCAUGCUGGGGGUCCUGAGCGCCUUCGCGGGCGCCGUGAUCGACGGGGACACCGUGUCCCUGGUGGAACGCAAGUACUCCCACUACUGCCUGCCCCCGCGCGCGCCCGCCGCCGCUGCCCCCGGCCCGGGCUCCGGCGCGCCGCGCGCCCGCGCUGCCCUGGACAGCGCCACGUCCGCUAAGUGCCGGCAGCUCAAGGACUACCAGCGCGGCCUGGUGCUCUCCACCGUCUUCAACUCGCUCGAGUGCCUGCUGGGCCUGCUCAGCCUCCUGCUGGUCAAGAGCUACAAGUCCUCGCAGGCCCGGCGCGGCCGGCACGGCCGGCGGCGGGCUGGCCGGGUCCUGGCACGGCCGCGCAACGGCAGCGGCGGUGGCGGCGUUGGCCCCGGGCUCCGCGUGCAAACGCCGGCCUCCCGGGCGCGGAGGGGCCGGCGCGGCAGGCGGGGGCGGCGGCUGCAGCCGCGGCCGAGCGAGGCCUGCAUCCUGGCCCCGGAGGAGUCGGACCUGGCCAGCCCCGGAGACUGCCCGGCCUUUGCCGCGCUGCACGCUGUCUCCUACAUCAACGUGGGCGCCCUCCACGCGUGCGACGAGGCGGGCGUGGAGGUGCGUUGCGGAGGGCAUCCGUCGGUGGAGCUGCCCGGCUACGCGCCUUCGGACCCCGACCUCAAUGCCUCCUACCCUUACUGCUGCCGGCCGCCCUGCGAGGUGGCGCGCCCCUGGGAGCCGGGCCGGGUCUGCUGA